AUGGCUCGCGCCGUCCCUGAGGCUGUGAGCGUGGCGCAGGUGGAGACGGCUGGGUUUGUGGCGAGGGCGCGGACGGGCGAAGAGGGCGAUCGCAUGGUGGAGAUCCGAUUGUUGCUGGCAGCUCCGCGGCUGGAUGAGCUGAAGGAGGUGCUGGCCAAGGUUUCGGAUCCGUAUUCGCCGAGCUAUGGGCAGUACUUGACCAAGGAGGAGGUGGCGAGCUACACCCGGGUGGAGCAGGCCGUCAUCGAUAGCUGGCAGGCGGCGGUGACUGCGGCGGCGCCUGGCGCGAGCGCGGUAGUCUCAGACUACGGUGAUGCAGUUACGGCGACGAUGACCGUGGCUGAGGCCGAGGCGCUGACUGGCGCGGCGUUUGCGGUCCUCACCCACAAAGAGGCCGGCGUGAUCAUGAUGCGCCCGUUGGAGGCUGCGACGUGGCCGGGAGUGGCUGCCGCCGCACGCAAGGCACUGGUCUUUGCCAUUGGCGUUGAGGAUGUGGCGCUCGGUGGGUCGGACCUCAAGGUGCUCGAGCUCGGGGCGCUCCGUGCCGCCGAGCCGAUCACCCCCAAGGUGAUCAAGGCCAACUACGGGGUGGGCAACGCAACCGGGCACGCCAACAACACGCAGGCUGUGGCCGAAUUUUCGGGUCAGUACUUUGAGCCGUCGGAUCUUGCGACAUUCCUUGCGAACAACGACCUGCCUCCGCAGACCGUGGCCAAGAUUGUGGGCGGCGAUGAUGGGCCGGUGGGCGUGGAGGCGUCGCUGGACGUCCAGACGAUCAUCGGGACUGGGACUGCGACACCGACGUGGUUUGUGUACGGGACGCAGGGCUCGACUUUUGCGGAGCUCAUCCACGGGUGGGCGAGCGAGCUUGCUGCCAUGGCAGCGCCGCCGCUGGUCAACUCGGUCUCAUACGGGUUGGGCAACACCAACACGCCUGAUGGCCUGAAGACGCAGAUCGACGCCGAGUUUGUCAAGCUUGGCUCGCGCGGCGUGAGCAUCAUUUUCUCGUCGGGCGACCACGGGACGAGCUGCGAGCUCUUCCGCGAGGAUGUGCAGUACCCGGCGUCAUCGCCGUAUGUGCUCUCUGUCGGUGCGACGUACCUUGACUCGUCGGGAACCGAGGUCGGCGCGACGCUCUCGGGUGGUGGGUUUGGACGAACCGAGCCGAUGCCGCAGUGGCAGGAGGCGGCGGUCAAGGCGUAUCUGGCGGCGGUGCCGUCCAAGCCACCGGCGCACGAGUUUGACGCGACUAAGCGGGCAAUUCCGGACAUCUCGGCGUACGGUGAGAACGUCAUCAUUGUGGUCAACGGCGAGAACCAGGGCGUGGCCGGGACGAGCUGCUCGGCGCCGAUGGCCGCCGCCAUCUUUGCGCUUGUCAACGGCGACCGCCUCGCCGCUGGCACUCCGCCGCUGGGCUUCCUCCCGCCCAUUGUCUACGCGCAUGGCGAUGCGUUCCAUGACAUUACCUCGGGCCGCAACUCUGAUGGACUCUGCCACGGAUGGGAGGCAAUCAAGGGCUUUGACCUCGUCACCGGCUGGGGCUCGCCGAACUACGCCAAGUUUAGGGCCGCCGCCAUGUCUGUCGUGUAAUCGAAUGAACAAGGUUGG